ACCCCACUUUCCAAGGACCACGUGCCGGAGAAGAAACGUGGAUCGUUUGGACAUCCCUAAGAUUUAAAGUUGGCGCAGGAGCGCAGAAGACAAUCGAGGCAAGAACCGUAAGAGCGAAAAUGAUUAUCAUGGAAUAUUUCAUGUUGGAUUUAUUGAGUGAAGAUG